AUGUGCGUGUGUGAAUGAAUAUGAUAGUGUAUAUAUGUGUGUGUGUGUAUGGAAGUAUACAUGAAUUAGUUGAUGGAUUGUAUAUAUAUAACAACAUAUAAAAUGACGGUCAGGGGCUCGUGACAUGAAGAUACUGUUAUUGUGAGGAUGAGCCCUUAAGAAGAAUUUUACCACCAACGUAAUAAUAAUAAUAAUAAUAAUAAUAAUAAUAAUAAUAAUAAUAAUAAUAAUAAUAAUAAUCCUCGCCGAUUUCAGAUUUUUUAGCUUUUUGGUUCUCUUCCACAGAAACGAAGGAGGAAAAUACAAACAAGACGGAAAGUAAAUGUCAUGUUAGGAGAACUGGAAACAGUCGUUCCCACCCAUCUCCAUAAGACAGAUCGACAUUCACCGGGAAGAAUAUAUAUAUAUAAUAGAAAAUUAUAUCUCAACUGAAACCUUAAGCAGGGUUUCCUAAUUUAAGAAAACAGACAGCUUUUAUUACGUAAGAGGUUAUCUACCUCCUGGUGGUAUAUAUUCAACCGUUACUCAAUCACAAGACUUGAAAAACCCCGAAAAAGAAAGGGAGAGAUACGACUGAAAAGGAAUAUGGAAUAUUGAGGUUAAACGGGGCCAGUUAAAUCUGCUUUAGCUAGCCCCUUUUUUAACCCCCACGUGUGGUGGUGAGUGGUGAAGUCUGUCCGCAAAACUUUUGGAUUUUAUAUAUAUAUUAUAUAUAUAUAUUGAAACACAUUUACCAUACUGGAUAUUCAAUUCUUGUACCAACGGUUUUUGGAUUUGAAACCCUGACGAACCAAUUCAUUCAUUGGUUUAUUAUGGCAACAGUAAUCGAGUAAAACUAAAAAGGAGGAAAAAUAAAAAAAAGAACCCCUUUUUCUCACAAGAAGAAAAGAAAGGGGUGAAAGAGAGAGAGACAUAACAGAAAUCUGUCCAAAAAGUUCUGAUGUGUUUUAACCAUUGAAGUUAUGGAGACAUCAGAGCUGUCACCACCACACGUAAACCACCCACUUCCACAAUUAAUGUUUAGAACCACAGUGUUCCCAAACAAUAUAAGCAUGAGCCCAAGUCGGAGGCCUGCACGCUGUGCCAAGAUUGAUUACGACUACACAGUCAUUCCAGCUGUGAUAUGUUCCAUGUGUUUUCUCUUUGGAAUUGUCUACACAUUCUUUGGUUACCGAUUCUUCAAGGCUGUCAUGUUCUUAACUGGUUUCAUCUUUGGCACAGUGGUUGUAUAUAUAGUUUGUAUAGAAGAGACAGUAUUGCCGAAAGAAGCAAACAUUGGCAUUGCAGUGGGUGCCGGCAUAAUCUGCGGACUAAUUACCAUGUUGGUCCAGUAUGUUGGACUUUUUCUGACCGGAUUCCACUUUGGCGUCGGUCUCUCGACCGGAGUGUUGGUCACAGUGGACCAGUUCUAUAACAUUGCCAACAAAUGGAUACCAAUCGGUGUUCUCAUUGGUGUUGGUAUUUUAUUUGCGCUGCUGACUCUCAAGUUCCAAAAGGCAGGCACCAUUCUCGGUACAAGCGUCUUUGGUGCUGCCUUGAUGGCGAUUUGCCUGGACUAUUUUAUAGAAAAAUUCCUGAUCGUGAACUAUGUGUGGGAGUGUAUCAAAGUGGAGGAUUCUGACCCUCCCUGUUGGUACAGCUGGCUGAUUCUCGGUUGCUGGCCUUUCUGUUUCCUUGUAGGCUCCUUGACCCAGUGGAGAAUAACAGGACAGAGCGCAGACCAUCACGAAAGAGUACAUAGAAAUAAUGUCUCAUCUGCCAAAUAUCGGUCUCCGAGCUCUGAUGAAGUUGAUGUUUUACAGAACAAACGAAGCCGCAAAGUGAACCUACAAAGAAUACGAGCAAAGCAGAAACGAGAACAGCAACAAUCGAGGUACCGACAUCUAUAUCAAGUUCGGCGCUUCAAUGGUGAUGUUAUAUCUCAGAUCCCUAGUGUAUGCAGUGGCACACACUCCAUGGAGAAGGCUACCCUCAAUAGCCCUGAUGACCACUGUUCAACAUCAAGUUCAACUUUAAGAACUACAUACAAAGCAUCCAACACAAGCUGUCUCCUGCCAUGAGGAGUCUGACUACUAUUCACUGCGAACCUGUUGUUGACCUAGAGAGUGCCAAUACUACAUUGACCCAAGUUUCAUGAACACAUUUCAAUGCUGCACUUGCACUAUAAACAUUAUUUUUAUUAUUAUUAAUAUUAUUAUUAAUUAUUAUUAUUAUUGUUAAUAUUAUUUUAUUUUAUUAUCUAAUGAAAAAAUAAAACUCAAAAGAUGCUAUAGCUUACUUUUGACAAUAAGUCAACUCAGACAGCAUCAAGUGCAGUGUAGUACAUUUAAAUACAGAUCUAUAUAUAUAUAUAUAUAUAUAUAUAUAUAUGAAUACACACACACAUACACACACUCUCUCUCUCAUACAUACCGUGACAGUAACACAUAACUCUACUUCCUGAAAACUUUUUUUUUUAAUUUUUGUUUAAUUUUUCUCUUCUCUCUCCACCUCUCUCUCUCUUUCUCUCUCACCUUCUCUAUCUUUUUCGUGAUCAGUGACUGGUUUGUUUUGAAAGGCAUGAUAACAA